UCAUGGAGAGAUCUGCUGUGGCGUCGGCCCGCAGGACUCCCUCUGUACCAGAGUACAACAUCUCAACCUCCACCUUGGCCUUCGACCAGCAUUUUACCACGACCGCCCAAGGAAUUUUCCUCAUGGCUGAGAUAGUUUUUGGUAUGUUAGUGUGGAUUCUCAUUGGUGGUACAGAUUAUUUUCAUCUGUCUGCUCUCUGCUGGGUGAUGUUUGUUGCCAUCUCGUUCUGGAUUCUGACAGUUUGUCUGUUUAUAAUUUACCUCACUGGAGUGCACAACAGGAUACCAUGUGUCCCCUGGACUACACUGUCUCUGUGUUUCCACUGUAGUGCCACUACUCUGUAUCUGGUGACAGCAGCAGUAGAUGCUCUCUCCGUCAACCAGGCCAUUAGGGGGCGACACAACUACAACUGCUGGGCAGCUUCAGCAUUCUUUGCAUUUCUGACCACUCUGUGCUAUGCAGGAAGCAGCUACCUGAGCUACCGUGUCUGGAAAACCAGCGGAGAGGAGCAGUAAUCGCAUCAUCCUCCUGUUUUAUGGCAACACUGUUCAGACUUUCCUGUGUGUCAUAUUGUGAGCAGGCAGUUAUCCACACAAGUAAUGAAGCUGAGUUCACUAAGGAAACAAAUCGGUUAAAGCAAACAAUGGAAUCUGAUAGU